AUGGAAGGGGUUCCUCAUUCUUACCUUCUCGGGCAUCUGGCCGUGACGGGCAAGCUUUUGGGCCAGUAUCCUGGCGAUGUGUUCCCCAGCGGCAUCUGCACGCUGGCGCUGCGACAGUUUCCGCAUCUCGAGAAGAACGGCUUCAUCCUUUUUGACGCCUGGCCCUUCAUUGACCCGAUGAUCUACAUGUUCGAUCCGGAUAUAUCAGCGCAGUUCACCCAGCUCCACUCGCUGCCCAAGUCAAAGGACCUCAAGUCCGAGUUCAGACCCCUCACGAGCUCCAAGGACCUAGUGACGCUGGACGGCCCCAAGUGGAAGUUUUGGAGGAAGUCGGGAGAAGUCCUCAAGAUUGAAAGGCCGGCGACCAGCCUGACCAUCGAUGUCAUUGCGCGUAGCGUCCUGUACGGGUUCGCCCUUUUCACCCUGCUCGGCAUGGCAAUCUGGUGGCUCACCCCUGAUUGCACACCUCCAUCACUCCUCAAGAUCUUGAAUCCAAUCCGGCCCAUACUUCAGUGGUACUACAACUGCGUCAUCCAUAACGCCCUUGCUCCAUUCAUCCGCCAGAAUCUUUCCACCCAAGCCGACGGCAGCACCGCCAACAACGAAAUCAAGACCGUCCUCUCACUCGCCGCCAGAGCUUACCUUGCCGAAAAGCCCCAAACCUCCUCCACCCAGUCCAACCACGAGUUCGCCUCCCUCGCCAUCCCCCACCUCGUCAUGUUUCUUUUCGCAGGCCACGACACGACCGCGAUAACACUCUGCUUUGCCUACCAUCUCCUCCACAAGCACCCAUCCGCCCUCGCCCGCCUGUGCGACGAGCACGACGCCGUCCUCGGGCCGGAUCCGUCCCUCACCGAACCCCAACUGACCCGCAACCCGCAACUCCUCAACGCCCUCCCGUACACGGCAGCCGUCAUCAAGAAAACCCUCCGCCUCUUCGCCCCAGCCGCCACCAACUCGCACGCGACGCACCACCUUGCGUCCCUCUUCCCGCGGCCGUGGGAGUUCUUACCAGAGCGGUUCCUCGCGGCCGAGGGCGAGGAGUUGUACGUGCGCAAGAACGCGUUCCGUCCCUUCGAGCUAGGUCCGCGGGCGUGCAUCGGACAGGAGCUGGCCAUGCUGGAGCUCAAGAUGAUCCUGGUCGUGACGGUCAGGGUGUUUGACAUUGAGAGUUAUCCCAACGGUGCGCCGCCUGGUGGGCCCGGGCGGUUGGGGACCUAUCCGGUUGGGCAUAUCACGGGGCAUCCUAAGGACGGAAUUGCCGGUUAG